AAAUCCCGUCUCUGUUCUCUGCACUGAUUAAAACAAUCGAAACCCUUGAAUCUUCCAUCUCCUUUUGAAUUUGGUACGUAGAGAGUUCAGAGGAAAGAAAUGGCGACAUUCGAGCAAGCUCCUCCCGGUGAUGCAAAGUCCGGAGAGAAGAUCUUCAAGACUAAGUGUGCCCAGUGCCACACCGUCGAUAAAGGCGCCGGCCACAAACAAGGACCCAAUUUGAAUGGGCUUUUCGGAAGGCAAUCUGGGACAACUCCUGGGUAUUCUUACUCUGCAGCUAACAAGAACAUGGCUGUGAUAUGGGAAGAGAGUACUUUGUACGAGUACUUGCUCAAUCCUAAAAAGUACAUUCCUGGAACUAAGAUGGUCUUCCCUGGAUUAAAGAAGCCACAGGACCGUACAGAUCUUAUUGCCUAUCUGAAAAAUGCAACUGCCUGAUCUUUUUGAUUAGUAUGGAUUUUUAGCAAAUGAUUUGUGACAUUAGAUAUUGUCCCAAACAUUUUAUUUUUUCAAAGGAAGACAAACUCUUUAAAAUAAGAUGGACUAAGGCUCAAAGAUGCUCUUUGAUUUGAGUGUUCAGAUGAGUAGCGCGAAAAAAAUCUGUUGUAAGACCCUUUUCAUGAGGAAUUUCAUGAGCCUGUGAUAAAUUUUUUUUAGCCCCUAUCA